AUGCGUAGGGCUUCCGGCGGCGGCCGUCCCGCGCAGCGCACUGCAGCAGGCCCUGCUGCUGCUGCUGCUGCUGCUGCUGCUGCUGGGGGGCCGCAGCAGCAGCAGCAGCGCAGGAGGGGCCCGUCGAGGGAGGCCUCGGGGGAGCAGCAGGAGGGAGCAGCAGCAGCUGCGAUGAGCAGCAGCGAGCAGCAGCAGCAGCAGCAGCAGGAGCAGGAAGAGCAGCAGCAGCAGCAGCAGCAGCAAACCACUUCUACCAACAGGGGCCUCAGCAGCAGCAUGCAGCCCCCCAAGGGCCCCCGCAUGCAUGCACAUCGCAAAGUCCCUGAGGGUUCGGGGGAGUCGGAAUACGACCCUAAGCUUUGGUCUAUUGUGCCCGUCAGCAGCAACACAGAAGCUGCUGUUCCUGAUGCAGCAGCAGACAAGACUGUUUUGGGGGGCCUCUUUUCUACGCGGAAGCCAAAAGAUGCAGUCUGUGGGCAAAGGCGUCGCUGUGGGCGCCGCCUCUCUCUUUGUGCUGCCUGCUGUUGGCGCUGCGCAGCAGGCGAGGCUUUUUGCUGCUGCUGCUGCUGCUGCUGCUGCUGCUGCUGCUGCUGCUGCUGCUGCUUUGUUGGCUUGUGGAGGGUUUGCUGCUGGGUUUGCUGCUGGAGCCGCAAGUGCUGCAGCGGCUUUGCGCGGGCCGUUUUUUUCGCGGCCGCGUGCCCGUUGCUGCUGCUGCGUCACCUGCUGCUGCUGCUGCUGCUGCUGCUGCUGCUGCUGCUGCAGGGCGUGGGGGGCUUCUUCAAAGGCAUUGGCGCCGGAGUUGUUGCUGCUGUUGCGCUGCCAAUUACUGGCAUUUGCGUGGCGGGCUACCAGGUGACCCGGGGGCUAAUAAACACCCCCGAGGCCAUUCACGAGAAGAGCCAGGGCAAGAAGUGGGACAAAAAGGAAAGAGUGUGGAAGCCGAACUGGUACAGCCUGCAGGAGGAGGCGAGCGAGGUGCUGGAGCGGGAGAACCCGUACAAGCGGGCGUGCGCGUCGGGCAGCAGCAGCAGCAGCAGCAGCAGCAGCGCAGCAGCAGCAGCAGCAGCAGAACGGAAAGUGGUGGACACGACGCUCUACGACGUGCUGGAAGUCCCGCCCGACGCCAGCGCCGAAGACAUCCGCAGACAGUACUACCGCCUCGCCAGAAAGCACCACCCCGACAAGAAUCCUGGAGAUCCGGAGGCGAAGAGGAAAUUUCAACAACUCGGAGAAGCUUACCAAGUCCUCGGCGAGGAGCAGCGCCGCGCGCAGUACGACUUGCACGGAGCUGCUGCAGCACAAGAAAUGCCGCUUAUUGACAGCAGUUUGUUUUUCAUGAUGUUGUUUGGCGCGGAGGCGCUGGAGCCGUACAUCGGCAAGCUCAAGAUGGCGCUCUUCGUCGAGAUGCUCGACGCGCCGGGCGCAAAGGGCGCGCGGGGCGACGACAUAUCGGAGGAAAUGUUUGCUUUUGAACAGAGGAAGCGCGAAGUGCAGCUGGCUGUGCUGCUGCAGCAGCGGCUGCAGCCGUACGUGGACGCCAUGCUGGAGGACCCCAGCGGCCAGCAGCAGCAGCAGCAGCAGCAGCAGCAGCAGCAGCAAAAGAUCGAGGCUUGGAAGCGGGCCAUGACGGAAGAAGCAAAGCACUUGUGUCUGUCGUCGUUUGGAGAUGCAAUUCUUGAAGCGAUCGCCUGGACUUACGAGAACUACGCGACGCAGUACUUGGGAAAGCUGGACACCUUUUUGGGGUUGGGAGGCCGGUACGCGAAGAUGCAGGCGCAGAGCCGGUCAGUGGGGAACAGCUGGCGCACAGCUUCUGUGGCUUUGCGUGCUGCUGUUGCUGCUCGGCAGCUGCAGCAGCGGGAACAGAAGAGAGCCAAGAAGCAAGAAAAAGCAAAGAAGAAAGCCAAAGAUGGAGAAGCUCCCCCGGAGGCGGGCCCCACAGCUGAGGACGGUUUAGGGUUUGCGUCGCAGAUAAAGCAGUUUGAGGAAACCCUUCCUCUGAUUUUGGAAACCAUGCUCAGCAUUUGCCUGAUGGACAUCGAGACCACUGUCAGGGCUGCUGCCAAGAAGGUGCUGAAAGACAUGAGCGUGUCAGUGGAAGUGCGGCGGCUGCGGGCCGAAGCCCUCGUGGCUUUGGGGCGGCUCAUUCAGCAGGAAGCAGAAGCAUUUAAGGAGCAGCACAAAAACGAAAAAGUGGAUCCUUUGAGGAGGAUGGAAGACGCCCUCAUCAAGGCUGCUCAGAAGGCAGACGAGGAACGCUACAAACGGGAAGGAGAUCAUACAGGGCCCCCCCCACCUGCAGCAGCAGCAGCAGCAGCAGCAGCAGCAGCAGCAGACUCCCCUCAGCAGCAAGCUUCUUCACCUAGGGGCACUCCUGGUUUUCUGUACAGUUCGGUGUAUAGUGCGCCCUGCGCGCCGCAGCUGUUUGCAUUUGCUGCUUCUUUUGCUGCUGCUGUGGACGCCAGCAGCCAGGGGGGCAGCCGAAAGCAGCAGCAGCAGCAGCAGCAGCAGCAGCAGCGGCAGCAGCAGCAGAGCCGCAGCAGCAGCAGCAGCGGCAGCAAUAGCGUCACAGUUGGCAGCGCGCGACAGAUACCCGCAGCAGCGCACAAACUGCAGUCAAACAGCAGCAGCAGCAGCUCCAGCUCGAGCAGCUGCAGCAGCAGCAGCAGCAGCAGCAGCAGCAGAGGGUGGAGUGGCCCCGCUGUUUUGUUGCUGUUGCCUUCAACUUGA